AUGCGUGACUUCGAAGCAUUUCAGGACGCAUUAUCCGCUCGUCAGCCCGGCUAUGGUGGUCCCCCUGAAGCGGUUGACUCCGGUGGCUGUGGUGGCGUUGCAGGUGGCCCGCUUGGCUGUUCACCCUACAUGGCUAGCUUGACUAGUUCAAUGUGUCUUGUUCUUGAUGAGUUCUACACCAACCUGCGCUGUUGUGGCGUCUCCUCGAUUACUGGAGAGGGUAUGUCACGACUUAUUGAGCUGGUGGAUGAAGCCAAGCAGGAAUACUUUAAUGUAAGUAUCACCACUACGAUAUUUUACUCCCAUCGUUUUCUGUUACUCAUAUCAACUUAUUCAUGA